ACGGAGAGCAUCGCUGAGGACGGAACCGCACACCCCAAACUUCAACUUUAAAUAUUAAAUACUAAUCCUCCUCAUCUGAACGAACCGAAAUGAGAAGAUUUCAGAAUGGAAGCUGAGUGGUUUCAGCCCAGGAACGUUAUUUUGUAACGUCCAGGAUUUUACAUCUCAGAAACAGUCUGACUUUUCCCCCUAACCUGCUGACCUUUUGGCAUAAUGGACCCGUCUUUAGCUCCCACAGCUCUCUACACCCUCACUCCCAUCCAGAACCUCUCAGCGCCCUCCCCCUCUCCCUCUGUCUCUCCAUCGCCCAGCUUUGCCUCCACUGCUCUCUUCUGCUCCCUCCUCUCGCUCCUCUCCCUGCUGGGCAUCACAGGAAACCUUUACACUUUGGUUCUCCUUCUGAGGCGCAGCAGAGUUAGGAGAAGACGUGGAGCCGGACUGGCCUGCUGCCUAACAAGAAUACCCGUUCCUUCCUGUCUCGCGAACUCUGCCUCUCCUUCCUCCCCCUCCUCCUCGCCCUCCUCCACCUCUCUUCACCUCCAGGUGCUGAGCCUGGCGCUUGCCGACCUGCUCUACCUUUUCACCGCUCCCUUCAUCGUGUACGACAGCCUGGCGUCCGGAUGGGCCUUCGGGGAGCUGGGCUGCCGCCUCCUACUGAGUCUGGACCUCCUCACCAUGCACGCCUCCAUCUUCACCCUCACCGCCAUGAGCAUGGACCGCUACAGAGCUGUAGCCCAUCCCCUGCGCACCUCCUCCUCCAGCUCCUCCAACCUGCUGCGGGUCACCCUGGCGUGGGGUUUGGCGGUGGCUCUUAGCCUGCCCAUGAUGAUCACCUUGCACCUGGAGGACGGGGAGAACGGUGAGGGACAGCUGUGUGUCCCGGCGUGGGACGAGCAGAGCUCCAAGGCCUAUCUGAGUGUGCUUUUCUGCACCAGCAUCCUCGGCCCUGGGCUGGCCAUCGGAGGACUUUACGCCACUCUGGGCCGGCUCUACUGGGUUUCACAGACCCAGCCGGCCUGGGCGAACGGAACCGGCGCGGCGUGCACUCCCCGAGCACCAAAACCCAAAGUUCUGCUUCUCAUCCUGGGUAUCGUCCUGGCCUUUUGGGCCUGUUUCCUCCCCUUCUGGAUCUGGCAGCUGCUCCCCCUCUACCAGCCCGACAUGCUUCGGACAUUACCGGUGGGGACCCAGGUAACGGUGAACCGCAUCCUGACAGGACUCACUUAUGGAAACUCCUGCGUCAAUCCCUUCUUCUACACGUUACUGACUGGGAAGCGGAAACCGAACAGGCAGGUGCUCGCAUCAGCCAAUCAGCUCUGCCGCAAGGGCAGCCCCCUGCAGUGAUGUCCCAUCCUGACCAACAUCCUGAGUGGAGUUGACCGUCCACUGUCUUCAGAUCAAACCACAUUGGUGUCAAAUGUUUAUGCAGCAAAAAUCUUCAUUUUUGUUUCACUAUAAUUUUAAAGAUAUUAAUAAAUAUUUCCAGAGGUCAUCAAAGGUCAAACAGCUCCCCACAUUUACAAAAUCUAACUAAUUUGGUCUCAAUCAGUUGUGCUUUUCAUUGCACAUUUUUGAGGCAGUUGAUUGACAUCAAAUUUGUUUGAUUUUGUAGAUGUGGGGGGAGCUUAUUGACCUCUGGAAACUUUUAUUAAUAUCUUUAAAAAUAUAGCAACACAAACAAAAACGUUUGCUGCCCAAAGUUUGGCACCAAUUUUGUUUAAUUUGAAGAAGGUGGAAUGCACUAAAAAGACAUAAGGAUGCUUUGAAGUGCCAGAUUUGGCUACCAAAGACGAAAGCAAUGAGGAUGUUGAAGAAAUUAUAGCACUUUGUACGAAAGCUUUAUGAAAGGACAAUGUUUGCUUUAUCAGAGGAAAUAGUUGAUAUAGAAUUUUACCUGAGAAAGAUGAAAAUGUUUCUCAAAAAUAAAUAAAAUAAAAAAAUUUUAAUGAUUCACUGUCUUGCAAAAAUAGCUUUUCCACUUUCUUUGCAGAACCACAGACGUCAGCGUAUGUUUGUUGGGACGUCGUGUGAAAAAUCAACACAAAACAGGGCUUAACUGUGAGCUAGAAGGAAAGUGUGCAGAGCCAAUGCAUUGUAGAGACUGAAAGUUUUCAAUCAUUUUUUAAUUCUUGCUAAUAAUUAUCAGUAAGAUUUAGGUCUAAUCCAUUCCAAGAUUUCAACAGGCUUUGAUCUAAACAUUUUUAAUUUUCAUUGUCCUGCUUGGAGGUGAACAUUCAACAUACUCUCAAAUCUUUUGCAGCCUCUAACAGGUUUUCUACCCUGCAGUUGGCUCCAUCCGUCUUCCCACAGACUCUGACCAACUUCCCGGUCCCACAGCAUUACACUGCCACUGCCAUUUACAUGGCCGAUGCAUUGCUUUGGAUAAAGUUUACAACGUUGUCUCUGCUGGGUUUCUUGGUCUUUACGAUGCUGAUUAUUGUCCAAUGCUCUUAAGACUUCACAGAACAGAUGGAUUUAGAUUAAGAAAAAGCCACAAACUGCUGGGCUCUGUUCACUGAAGAUUUCAAAAGGCAUUUGGUUGCAUUGAAUUUUAUUUUGGAUUAUUGGAGUGAAAGGGGAUGAACAAAUAUGAAGACUACAACUUUUAGAGUUUUAUUUGCAGGACAUUUUGAGAGUCAUGUACCAUUUUCCUUCCACUUCACGAGUACGCUCAGAGGUUUGUGAUUUUAACGAGAAAAAUGUGAAAAAGUUCAAGGUGUGAAUAUAUAGUUGAAAGGCACACAUUUAUCUCAACGGAUGGAAUUGCUUAUAUAUUUUUUAAUUUGUUCAAUAUUUAACAUAGCAAUAAUUCAGAUCUACGGAAAUUAAAUGUACAAAGGAAUGGAGUUAACCGGUUUAUUAUGCAAAUAAAAACAAUAAUAUUAAGACUGCAGACCAGAUAUCACAUGUUGCAAAUAUGUUGCAUUUCCACUGAAGCCUCUGACACAUUUCUGCUUGGUUUUUUUUUUAGAAAAACCUCAAUGAAAAUGUUUAUUUUUAGACAACUGGUUGUGUCUGGCCAGGAACUCAGAGGGAUAUUUUUCUGAAACAUUGUUUGUUGACAUAAUAAAUUAUGUUUAAGCAUGUCUGCAGGGUUUUUGUUUUCUGC